AUGUCAUUCCAAAACAAAGUUAUUGCUAUUACUGGUGGUGCCCAGGGCAUUGGCCUAGCCACUGCUCGGGUUCUGGCAAGUAGAGGUGCAUCUGUCACAGUCGCCGAUAGUAAUCCUACCACGCUCGCCGAUAUGGAAAAAGAGUUUGCCAGAAAAGGCUGGCCGAUUCAUACCGUUGCGGUGGACGUAAGGCAGCCGGAGAUGGUGAAUAAUUGGAUUGAUAGCUCUGUCCAAAAGUUUGGGCACCUCGAUGGUGCUGUUAAUGCUGCUGGUACCGUAGGCAGAUUGUAUGGCCAGAGGCCAUUAGGCGAGCAGGAUGAUGAUGACUGGAAUCUCGUCAUGGGUGUCAACCUUAAUGGAAUGAUGUAUUCCCUUCGUGCCGAGCUCCGACACUUAUCAGAUGGAGGGAGCAUCGUGAACAUUUCUUCCAACCAAGGCUGCAGGGGAGGGCCGGGUUGUGCGGCCUAUUCGACCUCCAAACAUGCUGUUAUCGGCCUUACGAAAUGCGCAGCCCAUGACUAUGGAGCGCGAGGGAUUAGAGUCAACACGGUAGCCCCAGGGGGGACUCAUGGACCCCUUAUGAAAAGCGUGGUCGGGGAUGUCCCACCUCCUUCGCCUAACGUACUGCGGAAAUAUGCAAAACCCGAAGAGAUUGCUUCUAUGAUUGUGUGGCUAUUGGGGCCUGAGAGCACGCAUUGCUCUGGUGAGCUAUUCCGCGUUGAUGGCGGUGAUUUCGCUUGA